AUGGCAUUCAGAAGGAAAAGAGACCUGACGAUUCAUAAGAAAGCACACACUGGAGAGGAGCCAUUUGAAUGUAGCAUUUGUAAGAAGUGCUUCUCCCGCAGAGAAGUUUUCAAGAGACAUCUGAAAAUUCACACUCGAAAGGGGACGCACUCAGGCACCACGGACGUACUUGCCACACAGGAGGGCGAAUCAAGUGCGAACCAAGACAGGGAGGAAGGAGCAGAGAGCAGAGAGACAACGCAGCAAAUGUGUAUGUUUGGGCGGAGAGUGUACUGAGACAAUUACAUUUGUAUAGCAGUGGCCGUGGAGAGUCUAUAAACGGAUGCAUGAAGGUAGUAAUACAGUUCUCGACACAGGGUAUCCACCAGAUAUGUAUCUGUCCCUAGACACUGUUCAAGUGCCGUCUGUGGUUUCCUGACGUAGAAUAACAGAGAA